AUGGGGGCAUCGCUCCUGURGUGGUGGGGAGGGAGAGGGAGGUUCAGCAUUGUGUUUCCACUCUAAUAUCUUUUACCUUCCCCCAGAUUAGCCAGACACCUGCAAAAAGAGGCCCAGGCUCAACACAACAACUCGGAGUUCACAGAGGAUCAGAAGAAAACCAUAGCUAAAAUUGCAGCAUGCUUGGAACUGAGAAGCGCGGCUUUGCAGUCCACACAGUCGCAGGAUGAAUUUAAACUUGAGGAUCUGAAGAAGUUGGAACCAAUCUUAAAGAAUAUCCUCACUUAUAAUAAAGAAUUCCCCUUUGAUGUUCAGCCUGUCCCACUCAGGAAGAUAUUAGCACCUGGAGAAGAAGAACAUUUGGAAUUUGAAGAGGAUGAUGAAGAAGGAGGAGCUGGGGCAGGAUCUCCAGAAGCUUUUCCUACUAGAGUUCCAG